AUGACACAAGCACACAGCUGCGGAAGAAACUGGCAGCAGGAUGCCGGGCUUGAUGGUGAGAGGAGCAACGAGCAGAGACCGCCUCAAAGAGGUCGCAGCGCGGGUAGACACGAGAGGCAUAUAAAAGAGUGCCGGAGGGCCGAGGUGGGCAGUCUGACGGACUGUCGACAUCAGGGGACGCAGCAGACAGCCACCAAGAUGAAAAGAUGCAUAAAGUAUUCUUGUAACAUCAACCGCCCGGAAACGAAGCUGACGCACCAUUUCAACCGGAUCCGCAGGAAACACAGCCGGGGUGCUCUGCUUCUGAUUUCGAAUAAUAUUUCGCCUUUUCGGCUGAAAACAGAUGUUUUAGAGGACCGUGUCUAUGCGCCACCCAGUGAUUCAGCCGCAGGAGCAGGUUUCUCAGUGAGGCCAGGGACGUCUGCAGCCCUUACGACAAAAAACCGCCCCCGCGGGCAACUCGAACGGUACGAGUCAGAGUCGCAUCAGCAGCAGCAUAUUGCUGCACCUGAGGCGGGGGAAUGCAGCACGUAUGACAGGAGCCCCCACCGCAGCCACGGAGCAUCGGAAGAAGUCAGCGCAGCAGCGGCUGAGCACACACAACAUACACGUUCAAGGCUAGAGAGCGCUGGAAAGUCGCGCGCAAAACAAACGACGUCCCCGCUGCUGAGAGACAGAAAUGAAGUGGAGAUUGUGAGAGAUAUUAUACGAAUUACAUUAGAAUGCAAACGCUUCAUGCAGCCAUGUGAUGGAAUGCCAGUCCGGCUUCCGGAGUCCCUCGUACACGCAGAAAUGUAUGCUCGAAUUAUUUUCACCAGCGUACGGGUCGUGCGGACAGUGCAGUACAGCUGCGUUCCACGCUUCGCGUUCCAGGGGCUGGCCAGUCAGUACAAUACCCACCACGUAAACUGCACCUCGGUGCACCUUAGUGGAGGGCCCAACAGAACCUGGCGCAGCCGGAGUCAGAAAGCCCUGUAUACGAUGCUAGCACAAGGCAAACGAGUACCGCGCGAGAAGACUUCUAGCACGUAA